AUGAAAUUCCUCAGCAUUGUGUCUCUGCUUGCGGCUGCAGUUGCAGCUUCGCCCACUACUCCCUCCAAGACCCUCGACAAGCGCGCAACCACCUGGUGCGACGCCUUUGGGUCCCUUCAAACUGCUGGAUAUACCGUCUACCAUAACAACUGGGGUCGCGGUGAGGCCACUUCCGGGCAGCAGUGCACGACCUUCAACUCGUACAACAGCGGUUCUUUCUCCUGGUCCACCAAAUGGACCUGGGCCGGGGGCAACAUCCACGUCAAGUCAUACUCCAACGUGGCUCUUGAAAAGAUCAACAAGAAAGUCUCGGCGAUCAAGUCCAUCCCUACAAAGUGGAAUUGGCAAUACACGGGAUCAAACAUGGUCGCUGACGUUUCUUACGACCUCUGGCUUGCGCCUUCAGUUGGUGCCAACAACAAGUACGAGAUUAUGAUCUGGCUGGGAAGCUAUGGUGGUGCUGGACCUAUCUCUGACCAUGGAUCUACGCCAAUUGCUACGUUGACCAUCAAUGGGUCGCAGUGGAAGUUGUUCCGUGGGCCCAAUGGCGAUACGACUGUCUACUCUUUUGUGUCGACCAAGAAUUUGGGCAACUUCCAGGGCGAUCUUCUCCCUUUUCUUACGUACCUUACCAAGAGCCAGGGUGUCCCAAGUAGCUAUGUUGCUACUAGCUUCCAGGCUGGUACUGAGCCCUUUGUUGGAUCCAACUGUGUCUUUACUACUUCUGCUUAUAGCCUGUCUGUCAACUAA